UUGCUCCCUGUGCCUCGGCGCGAGGUGACUACAAGCGUCAGCAAGCGUUUGGCAGCACUGGUCUGGUCCUGAGACCGUGUCCUAUCGCUUUAGCAGUCCGUCCGCGUCGCCAGGCGCCGUUUUUUUGCAGCGCUCUGUGUGCAGAGCCUCAAGCUCUCCCUGCCCAGCGGCUCAACAGAAGCGACGCCGACACGUGUAGACCGGCACGAAGGUAGGUUCGCGUCUCGACUCUGCUCCGACAGCGUUUCUUGCCUCGGCGGCUUGUGACGCGCCCGCUGUAGGCCUCAGAUCGGCAGAGCUGCAGCUAGGCAGUCUUAAGGUCUCGACGCGCCGACGCGAGGCCAAAAUAGCGCACCGAGGCGAGGUCCAAAAGCAGCCAUGCGCCGCCGCCGCGGCCGCCCGCUGCGCGCCGCCCUACUCAUAUACACGGCGACGGCCAUCGCCCCGAACGCGGGCCGCGGCCGGUUAUUUCUCGACAGCGCGUCCGUCGACGCCUGGCGCGAGCUCCUGCCGACGGGCUUGUUUUACGGCGUCACGACGAACCCCACAAUUUUAAAGAGAGACGGCGUGCCUUGUACCGUGCCGGACGUCGCGAAACUCGCGAGAACAGCUCUGGGCGCGGGCUGCCAGGAAGUGAUGGUGCAGGCCUGGGGCGGCUCCGUCGACGCCUACGAGAAGUGCUCCCUGGAUUUACUCGAUGCGGUCGGCGCCGCGGACCAUCUCGUGAUCAAACUACCUCUUACGAAAGAUGGCGUCGUCGCGGCACACCGGUUACGGGACGAGGCCCAUCUGUGCAUGACGGCGUGCUACGGGCGGGAGCAGGCGUUGAUUGCGAACGCGCUCAAGGCGUCGUAUCUGGCGCCGUAUUUGGGGCGGAUGAGCGACGCCGGUUUGGACGGCGCCGCCGAGUGCCAGCGCAUCCAGGGGUGUCUCGACGGCUGCCGGUCGCCGACGCGAUUGCUCGUCGCGUCUCUUCGGUCCGCGUCGACGGUUUUUGAUGUUUUAAGUUGGGGAAGUGACGCGACCUUCUCGCCGGACGUCGCGCGCGAACUGUUGAGUUCGGCGCGUACCGACGCGGCGGCGGCAGCCUUCGAGGAGGACGCGCUCUUCGAGAUAGAGCCGGUACUUGACGAGUCAGCUGGCUAAGUACUACUUAGGGGA